CUUCAAAGGGCAAAACUAGAAAAGAGGGCAUUACACAACCUGAAGAACACCACUGCCGCCUCUCCUUGUUCACCGCCACCGCCGAAAGUCACUGCCUGCGGCCUUUUGCCUCCAUUCCGUCUUCAGACGUAGAACCAACUGUGGAGAACCGCUAAAUGGAAGAAUCCAAAGAAGAAGUGAAGUCUUUCAAAGAAUUGGGUGUUUCUGAUCAACUGAUUGAGGCUUGUGAUAGUUUGGGUUGGAAAACCCCUUCUAAAAUACAAGCUGAAGCUAUUCCUCAUGCCUUUGAAGGCAAAGACUUAAUUGGUCUGGCUCAAACGGGUUCUGGAAAGACUGGAGCUUUUGCAAUUCCUAUACUGCAAGCCCUAUUAGAUUCUCCGCAUGCCUUUUUUGCCUGCGUUCUCUCUCCAACAAGAGAGCUCGCGAUUCAAAUUGCUGAACAGUUUGAAGCUUUAGGAUCCGGUGUUGGAGUAAAAUGUGCAGUGCUGGUUGGAGGGGUAGAUCAAGUACAGCAGAGCAUCAACCUUGGGAAACGGCCUCACAUUGUUGUGGCAACUCCUGGUCGGCUACUGGAUCAUCUUUCCAAUACUAAAGGGUUUUCUCUUCGUACGAUAAAGUACUUGGUAUUGGAUGAGGCAGACAGGCUGCUAAAUGAGGAUUUUGAAAAGGCCCUUGAUCAGAUUUUGCAUGCGAUCCCUCAUGAUCGAAGGACUUAUCUAUUUUCUGCUACAAUGACCAAGAAGGUAAAGAAACUUCAGAGGGCUUGUUUGAGAAAUCCUGUUAAGAUUGAAGCUGCAUCUAAGUAUUCCACAGUUGAUACACUAAAGCAGCAGUUUCGUUUUCUUCCUGCCAAGUAUAAGGACUGCUAUCUUGUCUAUAUUCUGACUGAGAUGUCUGGCAGUACAUCAAUGGUUUUCACUCGUACGUGUGAUGCAACUCGUCUGCUGGCUCUGAUGCUUCGAAAUCUUGGCUUGAGAGCUAUACCAAUUAGUGGUCAGAUGACUCAGACAAAAAGGCUUGGGGCUCUAAACAAAUUUAAGGCUGGAGAGUGCAAUAUCCUUAUCUGCACUGAUGUAGCCAGUCGAGGACUUGAUAUCCCAUCUGUUGAUAUGGUUAUCAACUAUGAUAUUCCAACAAACUCAAAGGAUUAUAUACAUAGGGUGGGAAGAACUGCACGAGCAGGACGUUCUGGGGUUGCCAUAUCGUUAGUGAAUCAGUAUGAGUUGGAGUGGUAUAUACAGAUAGAAAAGCUUAUUGGGAAGAAACUACCUGAGUAUCCUGCGGAGGAAGAGGAGGUUUUGCUACUCUUGGAGCGUGUAACAGAAGCCAAGAGGAUCUCACAGAUGAAAAUCAAAGAAAGUGGUGGCAAAAAGAAACGCAGAGGGGGAGAUGAUGGUGACGAGGAGAUUGACAGAUACAUGGGAGUUAAGAACGGGAAACUAUCUGGGAAGCUAUCAAAGAAGCCAAAGAGAAAAUGAGGAAUAUAUAAUUAAGCUAUAUUAGUCCAAUUUUGACUUAAUUGAGGAAUAUAUAAUUAAGCUAUUUAGUUCAAUUUUUAACUUAAUUAGUUCUUUCAUUAUUGCUUGUUGGGCUGUAAUUUGACAUUUCUGCAAUUCUGCUGGGAUGGUUUUGAUCUUAGGGACUAUUAUUUUCCUUUUCUUGUGAA